AUUUUCUUUUGUUUUACUGGGUCUGCGGAAGAAAAGAAAUCGUUUUGCCAAACAGCAUAAAAAUAUAAAUUUUAUACAAUAAAAAAAUUAAAGUAAUUGCGCAUAGUACAAGAAAAUAGUUAUUGCCGUGUUAUAAAGUAAAUUAUUUUAUGAAAUAUAGUGCAAAAACCUAAUCGCAAAAUUUGCAAAUUGUUUCCAAAAUUUUGAUUUUUACCAACAAACAAAACUUCCAAUAAGAAGCAGGGUUUAGAAAUCAGCUGGCGAAAAGAAAAUCAAAAAUAAUAGAAAAAGGAAGACGUUGCUGGUUGGUGGGGACGACAUACAUAAAAAUAUACAAGAAGCAAAAUGUCGGAACAGGAACAAAAUGUUGCUAAAAUGAGUGAACUAACGGCAGAAGAGAUACGAGCCAGGAGAUUACGCACUUUAGCCAAAUCAUCAUCUAACACUACUGCCAAUGAGAGUGCAGCAUCCUCAAACACACAAAAUGUUGAAGGUCCACGUACAGCUACCAAUGUUUCGAAUUCUUCCCGUUUGGUCAAAGCAAUUCCUCCAACGCACAGCUCCAGUUCGUCAUCGUUAGGCGGCGACAUUGGUGCUCAAGAAACUUCCUCCAUUUCAACAGAAUGUCAGGAAUUGAUAUUGCCAGUUGGAGAACAACAAAAAAUGGAUGUUGAUGUUGAAAUGAAAUCAGUUUCCACAACACCCAUUAAAAGCCAAACAUUAACACUACCAACAGCACCGUCAGCUCCCAUAAAUAUUAUGCAAACUGAUGUCUGUAUUGAAGAUGAAAUUUCGUCAUCGUCCUCGUCUUCAAAUAACAAUAAAAAUAACAAAAAAUCGCCAACAAAUUUAGAUGUUGGCAUUGAAAAUAUGGAAACAUCGGAACAACCAUCACCGGCCGAAGCUAACACUACACAAAAGCAGACAUCCCUAGAACUUGUGACAGCAAAACCACAAAAAUCCUGCAAUGAACGUAUAGAAUCAAUGCUUUCCAAAGUUCUUAAUGCAACAUGGAAUGAAUAUUGUACCGGUUCAAUGAUAUGUCCACAAACUGCCAGUUUUAUAGAACAGCAUCCAGACAAACGAUUUGAUUUUGAAUCGUUGAUAACAAAUGUGCUCACGGAAUGUGUUUUGCGUCUUUACAACGAUGAAGAAACAGGAGAAGGAGCAGUUGCCGGUACUGUUGACAAUAAUGAUGCCGAUAUGAAGUCAGAAGGUGCGACUGGUGCUGCAACAACAGACGAAGCAAAGGGAGUCAAUAAAAGUUUAAAAGUAGCUGCACAUUCAACACCGAAAAAAAUCAAAAGCGAUGAUACUGAAGUUCAAGAAAUUAUGGCAAAUGUCAUUGAUGAUCAACCCUCAACAUCUCGAGGUUUACAAAGUGGUAUUGCCAGCUCAGAAUUCAUUGGAACUUGCCCAACACCAUCUUCAAAUAUUUUCACACCGAUGGCCUUGGCCAAACACAAUGUUAUUUUACACCUAAUUAAAUGUUUUAAAAAUCAUCAUCAAUUCAGUGAUAAAUUCAACACAAACGUAUCGCAAGAGAAACCAGAGGAUGCGGAAAAGAUUCAAGAAAUACUCAAAAUGACAAUAGAUCAGAUAUUCCAAACCACUACAUUGGUUCUGACUGAUCGAAUAUAUGAGAAUCUCAAUAUUGCACUGGAUCAGUCUGCCCUGUUGGAGUUGUAUUAUCAGGAACGUGUGCCCGAUGAUUUUCUAUUUGAAUAUAUUGCCAAGAGUUACGAAAAGACGCAAGACUUUGAAUUUAUAUUCUCCCAAAUGUUGAGGGGUCUCUUUAUGGGAAUGCAGCGUAACCUAUGUUCACCCACAAUCAUAACACAUCACAUGGAGUUGUUAUCCAAAUUGAUGGCUGUUAAGGUGGGUACAGCUAGACCUCUGUGUGAUCUUUUAGCCAAGCAGAUGAACUUUUUACCACCACUAUGUACACAAAUACCCGGAAGAGAGAUUGUCAAGUGCAGCUACUUGGGUCCGUUCUUGUCAGUGUCAUUUUUUGCCGAAGAAAAUGUUCGUUUUGCCGAGGCUCAUGGUAAAUGUGAUGCAUUGGCUGCCAAUUCAGAGAAAUUUAGAUGGCAACUGUUUACUAUGCGUGGGCUAAUGCAUUCGGUUUUCUUAUCUUUGCUUGUUAAUGUCAAUACACGUCCCAAGACUCUUGAAUAUAUAUCGCAAAUAUUACGCUACAAUGAACGACGUGUGCAAUUUGCCAGUGAUGAAAAACUCUUGGCUCGCGAUGGUUUUGCUAUCAAUCUGAUGUGUGUCUUGCAGCAAUUGUCAGUCAAAAUAAAAUUGGAUCGUAUCGAUCUUUAUUAUCCCUUUUAUAAGAACUCAUUGAUUUUCAUAGAGCAAGAUACAAAGCUGCGUUUUACUGACGAGGAGUAUAGGAAAUUCUUAGAAAAGGAUUACGCCAACACCGAAUCAAAUGCCAAUUUCCAAACACAAUGCUGGUUUCUCACACUGCAGGCCCACCAUUUGGGCUUCAUGCCAGCCAUACAAAGAUACAGACAAAAAUCACGAGCCAUCAAAGAAUUGCAAAAACUGAUCGAUGAAAUCGAUCGCACCAAAUCGCACUGGGAAAAUACACCGUAUGCCUCGCGCAACAAACAAUUUAGAGAUCGUUGGUUGAAGCAAUUCAAAAAGUUGACAAGAUCUAAACUAUGCAGUGAAGUUUGUCUGCUUGAUCCCAAACUUUUGAAUGCAUGUCUCUUCUUUUACUCUUCGGUGUGCGAAUAUUUACUCUAUCAAAUGGAGGGGCGAGCAAUUGAAGGUCGUUUCAUGGCCAAAAUGUCACCACAGCAACUACAACCGACCGAUGCAUUUUCUGCACUGCCCGAGUGGUACAUCGACGAUAUUGCCGAGUUUAUUUUGUUCGCUAUGCAACAUGCUCAAAAUGAUAUACGUCAUGCCAUCGAUCUUUCAAUAAUAACAUGGUUGUUGACAUGUGUUUGUGCACCACAUAUGAUUAAGAAUCCAUACGUCACUGCCAAACUGGUCGAAGUAUUAUUUGUUUUCUCCCUUGGUCCAGCCAAUGUUCUUAACGUUGCGAUAUGGAACCAUGAAUUGGCUCAAACUGUAUUGUGUAGUUCAUUAAUGAAAUUCUAUGUGGAUAUAGAAACAACUGGACAAAGUACCGAAUUUUAUGAUAAAUUUACUAUAAGAUACCACAUCAGUCAUUUGUUCAAGUCAAUGUGGGAGAGUCCAGUACAUCGUCAAGUCAUGAUAAAUGAAUCAAAUAAUGGUAAACAAUUUGUAAAAUUCAUAAAUAUGCUUAUGAACGACACAACAUUCCUCUUGGAUGAAUGUUUGGAAAAUCUUAAGCGUAUACAUCAAACACAGAUUCUAAUGAUGAGUGAACCGGCUUGGUCCAAUUUGGGCUCUGAACAGCAGCAGAGUCGUUUAUCACAAUUGGCCACAGAUGAGCGACAAUGUCGUUCAUAUUUGACAUUGGCUAGAGAAACUGUUGAAAUGUUUCAUUAUUUGACUGAUGACAUUAAGGAACCGUUUAUGCGUGACGAGUUGGUUGAUCGCUUAAGUUCAAUGUUGAAUUUUAAUUUGCAUCAAUUGUGCGGACCCAAAUGCAAUGAUUUAAAAGUGCGCAAUCCAGCGAAAUAUGGCUGGGAACCCAGACGUUUGUUGGGACAAAUAUUCGAUAUAUAUUUACAUCUAGACUGUGAUAGAUUUGCCCAAGCCUUGGCUGCUGACGAACGAUCCUUCCAAAAACAUUUAUUUGAUGAUGCUGCCAAUCGUAUUGAACGUUUAAGUAUACGUUCAGCAAUAGAAGUAGAAAAAUUCAGAUCUUUAAUAACAAAAGCUCAUGAUAUUUAUGUUGCCAAUCAACAGUCUGAAGACGAGUGUGCGGAUGCACCUGAUGAAUUUAAGGAUCCCUUAAUGGAUACUUUAAUGUCAGAUCCAGUGGUUUUACCAUCGGGCACUAUCAUGGAUCGUGCCAUUAUAACACGUCAUUUAUUGAAUAGCAACACAGAUCCGUUUAAUCGCCAACAUUUGACUGAGGACAUGCUGGUGCCAAACAUUGAACUCAAAGAACGCAUCGAUGCCUGGCGUAAAGAGCAACGUUACAAAAGGCAACAACAAGGAAAUUUAGAUUUAAAUGAUAAGACCUCUUAAAAAAAUACUAGUAAUGAUAAUAAUUCUUAAAGGGAAUCACACAAUAUCAAUUGUUUUUUUUUUUUUUUUGUAGAAAUUAAAAAAUAAACAUGUAAAAUGAAAAAUGAUUUUUUACAUACAACAUACAAUUUUAGCUUAUAAUUCUUAUAGUUGUACAACACUCCUUACAUCAAUCUGAUGAACAUCCCAACAUACACAUUUAACAAUUGUAAUAUUUCAAUCGUAUGAUUUAUUUUUAGUUUAUUCUCCUCCUUUCCCCCUCUUAAAUUAAUAUGAUGUAAUUUAUGUGGUCUUAAGAAUUGUUAUAAUUUUUAUAUAACACUUUUAUAAAAACGUUUAUUUUUUUAAAUUUAUUUACCCGUCGAAUGUUAAAUGCAAGGAAGAUAUUCUAACGACUUUCAACGAAUAUUUUAAUUGAAAAGUAAAA